AUUCCGUGGAGACUCAACCCAAGGGCUUUCGGGGCUCGGAGUCUCCGUGUCUCCCCGUGUCUCAGGGUCUCAGGUCCUUGUCUCUCCCUGUGUCUCAGGGUCUCAGGUCCUUGUCUCUCCCUGUGUCUCAGGGUCUCAGUGUCCCUGUGUCUCCGUGUCCCUGUGUCUAAGUGUCUCAGCGUUCCCGUGUCUCCCCGUGUCCCCGUGUCUCUGUGUCUCUGUGUCUCCCCGUGUGUCUCCCCGUGUCCCUCCGUGUCUCCCCGUGUCUCCCAGUGUCCCCGUGUCCCAGUGUCCCUGUGUCUCAGUGUCCCAGUGUCCCCGUGUCUCCGUGUCCCCCCGUGUGUCCGUGUGUCUCUGUGUCUCCGUGUCUCCGUGUCCCCCCGUGUCUCGGUGUCUCCCCGUGUCCCCGUGUCUCCCCGUGUCUCUGUGUCCCCGUGUCUCUGUGUCCCCGUGUCUCCCCCUGUCUCUGUGUCCCCGUGUCUCUGUGUCUCCCCGUGUCUCUGUGUCUCCGUGUCUCCGUCUCCCCGUGUCUCCCCGUGUCUCCGUCUCCCAGUGCCCCAGUGUCUCUGUGUCCCCCCGUGUCUCCCCGUGUCCCCCCGUGUCCCCGUGUCUCCGUGUCCCACGUGUCCCCCCGUGUCUCCCCGUGUCUCCGUGUCCCAGGUUAGGUCUCAUCUGGUGCAAUACACGAGCAGUAUCUAUAUUUAUAUUUAUUUGUUUAUAGAGUUAAGUUCAAGUUCGACCACGCAGCUCCAAGGAUCUUCAAAGUCUCUGGUUCCCUCACUGGCGUCGGUCCCCGCGGCGACGAUGGCGUCGUCACGGAAACGGUCGUCACGGCUACUGCAAGACGAUGGGGAUGUGGAGCAGCCGGUGAAGUUGGCGCGAUACACGGGGCUGAUGGAGCCGGCGGCGUUUGCGGACGAGAACGAGUCGAGCGGCGUGCAGUACGAGCGCAUCACGCUGGCGCAGGCUCGCCUCGGAACCCCCCUCCACCGUCCCGUGCGUGUCUACGCCGACGGCAUCUUCGACGUGUUCCACUUUGGGCACGCCAGGGCCCUGAUGCAGGCCAAGAACCUCUUCCCCAACACCUACCUCAUCGUGGGCGUGUGCAACGACGCGCUGACGCACAAGUACAAGGGUUUCACGGUGAUGGGCGAGGAGGAGCGCUACGAGUCGCUGCGCCACUGCCGCUACGUGGACGAGGUGGUGCGUGACGCGCCCUGGACCCUCACCCCGCAGUUCCUGCGCUUGCACAAGAUCGACUUUGUGGCCCAUGACGACAUCCCCUACUCGUCAGCGGGUUCCGAUGACGUCUACAAGGACAUCAAGGCGGCCGGGAUGUUUGCGCCGACUCAGCGCACCGAGGGCAUCUCCACGUCGGACAUCAUCACGCGCAUCGUGCGCGACUACGACGUGUACGUGCGGCGCAACCUACAGCGCGGGUACAGCGCCAAGGAGCUCAACGUGGGGUUCAUCAGGGAGAAGAAGUUCCACCUGCAGAACCACAUGGACAAGGUGAAGCAGAAGGUGCGCACGGUGGAGGAGCGCUCCAAGGAGCUGGUGCAGCGCGUCGAGGAGAAGGGCAUCGACCUCAUCCAGAAGUGGGAGGAGAAGUCGCGGGAGUUCAUCGGAAACUUCCUGGAGCUCUUCGGCCCCGAGGGCACGCUGAAGCACAUGCUGCAGGAGGGCAAGGGCCGCAUGCUGCAGGCCAUCAGCCCCGGCAGCAGCCCGGCGCGCGAGCGCUCCCCGUCGCCCCCGGCAACGCCCUCGUCACCGGCACCACCGCUCUCUCCCUCCUCCACCUCCUCCACCUCCACCUCCUCCCCCUCCUCAUCGGCGGCAGCAGCGGCGGCGUCGGCGGGGACCCCGGGGUUCCGAUGGCCGUUCUCGCGGCACCCGGCGGUGACGUCGCCGGCGUUGUCCGGUGGGGCGUCUCACCGCCCCGGCAAGCCCCGGGCGCCGUCGCCGCAGGGCCGGGCGGCGCGCGCCGCCGCCGCCGGGGAGCGGAGGGACGGGCGGAGAGCGCAGAGGGAGAGGGGAGGGGCGGCAGAGCGGGGGGAGCAGCGGGGGGGAGGGCAGCAGCAGCUGGGAGGGCAGCAGCGGGAGAUGCGGGAGCAGGAGGAGGAGGAGGAUUGAGGGGGGGGGCAGAAUCACACGCUGGGACAUGAUGGGACACACACACACUGACACACACACACUGAGACACACACACUGGGACACGCUGACACACUCAUACUAACACACUGACACACUGGGACACGCUGGGACACACACACACUGACACACACACACUGACACACACACACACUGACACACACACACUCACUGACACACACACACUGACACACACACACUGACACACACACACUGACACACACACACACUGACACACACACACUGACACACACACACUGACACACACACACACUGAGACACACACACACAGACACAAACAC